AUGCGUCGGGAUGCAAGUGCACCAUGUAUUAAUAGCAUGGUUUUGCAGAGUUGUUAUGUUAUGACCGUACCCUUACUGCAGGAACAGCAUACGCGUGGGUUACGAGGGUGUGCUCAUUUACAGCCAUGGGACAUCGCAUUCCUUCACUUGGAUGUCACUCAGAGCGAUCCGUACCCUUUACAUUGCUCGUUCGGGCUUGAACGUGGGAACCACAAGAGACCUGAAGUCAAGACCUUCAAUGGAAAGGCACUCAAAGCAGCUCUCAAAGCUACCGGUAUCCACACUUCGGAACAACAGAAUCUGUUUGUAUUCUUCAUUGCUUUGUAUGGUUGGUCCUUCAGCACUCGAGCGAGGUAG